UAUAGUAUAUAAAUAUUCUACAACGAAGUCUUCGACGAUUAAAAUACGUUAAUUUACAAAAGUGUUGGGAGUUAUUAAUUUGGGAUUUGUUAAAACUUAUUGGAAAAAAAUGACAUCGCCGUUUACCUGUAUUACAUGCCGCGUAGCUUUCAGAGAUCUAGAAAUUCAAAGACAACAUUACAAGUCAGACUGGCAUAGAUACAACUUAAAAAGAAAAGUAGCUGAAUUACCACCUGUAUCUGUGGAAGAAUUUCAGAAAAGGGUGAUUGCACAAAGGAAUAAGGAUGACAAAGAAAGAGAAGAGGUAAUAAUAAGUUGUAAGAUAUGUAAGAAGAAUUUCAACACAAGAAAUCAAUAUGAAAAUCAUUUAUUAUCAAAGAAACACAAGGAGAAGUGUGCAAAACAAAAUGUUGCUUCUGAAGCUGUAAGUGAAGACCUUAGCGACGAUGCUGGUCCUUCACCUAAUUCUAUAUUCAAGAAAGAUAUAAUUGAAGAAGUUUCUAUGAAACGAUUAAAAGGAGAUAUUGAAAUAAAUUCUGAUGUUGAAUCUGUAGAUUCUGAUGAAUGGAUUGAAGAUACAGAGAAUCCAGUUACAAAUAAUAAUUGCUUAUUUUGCAAUCAUCAUAGUAAAUCUUUGGUACGCAAUUUAAAACACAUGACAAUUGCACACUCAUUCUUUAUACCAGAUCCUGAAUAUUGUAUAGAUAUUAAAGGUUUACUUGUUUAUCUUGGAGAAAAAAUUUUUGCUGGAUAUAUGUGUAUUUGGUGUAAUAAUUCUGGGAGAUGUUUUCAAAGUGCUGAGGCUGCUAGAGCACAUAUGAUUGAUAAAGGUCACUGCAAAAUGUUGCAUGAAGGAGAUGCACUUGCAGAAUAUGUAGAAUUUUAUGAUUAUUCAUCCAGUUAUCCUGAUGUGGAAGCUGGUGAUCUAGAUGCAGAGAUAGAAAUACCAGAAUUGGAUGAUAAUGAUUACCAGCUUGUGUUACCAUCAGGGAAUGUUAUUGGCCAUAGAUCUCUAAUGAGAUAUUAUAAACAGAAUUUGAAUCCAAAUAGAGCUGUAGCAGUACCAAAGAAUAUAAAAUUACGUAAAGUAUUGUCACAAUACAGAGCUUUAGGUUGGACUGAAACACAAAAAGAACUUGUUGUAAAGAAGGCCAGAGAUAUUAAAUACAUGCAAAGAGUACAGGCAAAAUAUUCUACACAAUUACAGUUUAAAGCAAAUAAAUUGCAGAAGCACUUUAGACCUCAAGUAAAUUUUUAA